AUGCAGUUAACAAUUUACUACAAAAACAAGAAGACUGCAAACUUGCAGAGUGAACACAAGCAGGGUGAACACAAGGUGAGUGAACACAAGCAGGGUGAACACAAGCAGGGUGAACACAAGCAGGGUGAACACAAGCAGAGUGAACACAAGCAGAGUGAACACAAGCAGGGUGAACACAAGCAGGGUGAACACAAGCAGAGUGAACACAAGCAGGGUGAACACAAGCAGGGUGAACACAAGCAGAGUGAACACAAGCAGGGUGAACACAAGCAGGGUGAACACAAGCAGAGUGAACACAAGCAGGGUGAACACAAGCAGAGUGAACACAAGCAGGGUGAACACAAGCAGGAUGAACACAAGCAGAGUGAACACAAGCAGGGUGAACACACAAGCAGUGAACAGUAA